AGUAACAGGCAAAUUCCGAAUUUUCGGGGUAUAAAAGAGCGAGCAGGAGGGCGCGGUACUUCUGGCCUCCAAUUUACAGUAACGGAACUUAUGUGCACCAGAGGCAACAGUAAGGCAUUUUCACAAAAGAAACGAAGAAUUCAAUAUUUUGUGGCAUAGACGAUUUACGAGAAAUUCGAUAACGAAUUCAGAAACAUUUGAUUUUGUGUCGAGAAAUAUUCAGACGUAGGUACGUGCGAGAGAGAAGUAUCCCAAACAGGAAAAAGUCGUGAAGAAAGAAACAAAAUGACAUUCACGAUUAAAAUAAUUAAUUAUGGAUUCCAUCGUCUUUAUCUUGUGCUAUAAUUUAUCAGUACCUGUUUCCCCACCGGAGGAUUAUGUUCGAAAGGACCCAGAGGACCUUGCCGGCAUGACGAAGUAGUCACUUUUCGAUAUAAAAUCGCAAGGUGCAAGUCGUUGAGUUAAUCUAUUCACAUCUUUCUGUAAAAUUCGAAUACUUCCUUUCUAUAGCAAACUGAAGUGAUAAAUACGAGUAAUUUUUAUGUAGCUUUGUGUUUACGUGCGACUUCCCUUUUUCUUUCAACAAAAUAUAUUCAUCGAUAUAAACAACGAAAAAUACGUACGUGAAUAUACCAUACGUUUGUAAAAGAAGAAUUUAUCGAAACAAUGACUGUCGGCUGCAACCUUUUGAAGUUGACAGCAUAUAAAGUAUCGUUUUUACAUAAAAAUUUAUCAAAUGAUUGGCACGUUUUGGAUCAUUUUUCCAAUCAUUCUCACUGCAUACAGCGAAUCAAAUGCAUUUCCAUGCCUACCAGUGCGUAAAGAAGUUUGGAACUGCCCCACAGGAAACAACUCAGCCUUCCGUGUGGAUAUCACUGCAUACACCAAAAUUCAUAUCAAAUGUCAAAAUUAUCCGCAAUGGCCCCCAUUCUACUUGUUCAACUUAUUCCUGAAAGAGCAUAUAAGGUGGAUGAAAAUAUCGGAAUGCGGUCUGCAAAUGAACUCGAGCAUAAGUGAAAUUUCGAGUACAUUCAACGGGAAGGAUAUCUAUUAUUUACAGCUGCAUAAUUGGAGCGGUGCCAUCGUCAGAAACCAUUUGAAAAGGUUUCCAAACCUGAAACAUUUCGUGCUGUUAAGUAGCGAUCUUACGAAUUUGAGCACCGACCUAUUCGCAGAUGUACCAUAUCUUUCUCAGCUUUCUUUGGAACAUAAUAAAGCCUGUUUACCUUUGGGAAUCUUUAAUAAUACACGAAACCUCCGAAGACUUCACUUAAGUGGUAGCAUGAUGAAUCACCUCGAGCCGGGUAUAUUUGAUCCGUUGACGAAAUUGCGUGUGUUGAGCUUGCGGAUAAACAAUUUCACAGAUAAAGAACUGAAACCUGGGAUAUUUGAUAACCUCGCGUCUUUGACGCGUCUGGAAUUGAAUUCGAGUAAUCUAAUCACUUUGCCAGAGAACAUUUUCGCAAAACUGGAAAGUCUAACAUGGCUAACGUUAAGUAAUAACAGUUUUAUCUCGUUUCCAAAAGGUAUACUAAAGCAUAAUUCUCAUCUUAUGACCAUUGAUUUGUCGCAUAAUACCAGAAACAUAUCUCUGCCACAAAAAUUUUUCGCAAAUUUGAUACGUGUGAGAGAUAUACGUUUGAAUCACAAUAGUUGGAGCACAAUACCUGAAGACCUGUUUUGGGGCUUAAUAUCAUUAGAUUAUAUUGAUCUAGAAAAAAAUUAUUUUGAGACACUACCUAAACGUAUUUUUGAAAGACUACAGCAAUUGUCUUACUUAAGCCUAAAUUCCAAUAGAUUAAUUACACUACCAGAUAGAAUUUUUUCAGAUACAACUAACUUAAGGCACCUGAAUUUGUCAGAGAAUUGUCUUACUUCGAUAUCCAGGUAAGUUUAUGAUCAUACGUUUACUUAUCAUUUCUGAUGCUUAUUUCAACUGAUUUUUGGAUGACAUAUGAAUCGGUUAAAAGUAGAAUAUGGAAUUUUAACACAUUGAAUUAGUUAAAACUGAUAUUUUUAAUAUUAUAAUUUUGAAUUAC